AUGAAGAGAAAAUACUUUAACUACUCCUUAGUCUUCUAUAAUAGAGAUGAGCCUCUAAAGUAAUUGCAAUAAGACGUUGAAUAUGGAAUUCAACUUUCUCACUUAAACUAGCAAAUUUCAAACGAAACAUCCACUCUUUUUAAGAAAUUUAAUGAGAGCGAUAUCUCAGCAUAAAGAGAACUUAUCAAAAAUAGUGCAGCAGUCUAUUUCUCAACAUUUUUUGAAAUUCUUACAGAAGCUUAUGAAGAUUAAAAAAUUAUGAGGUACUUAUUACCUACUAUUGAUGGAAUCAUUAUGGAUAAUAGAAGAGUUUUGUAAUACAUUGUACAAAGCCUUUCUGAUUAAGAACCAUAAAAAAAUUGGUUGACUGCUUUAAAUGUCAUAAUUCAUAAUGAUAAUAAUCACAUCACUGUGACUGAAGCUGCUCUCAGAAUUAAAGCUUGCAUAAUUGGUGAGCUAGAUAAGAAAAUUUAUCUCAAAGAACAACAAGAAUUCCUCUUAAAACUGCUUAACUUAUAAAAUGAAAACAAUAAAUGUGGAUAAGUAGAAGAUUAUUGCUUGAUUACAAGUCUUGCCUUUAUCCUUAAGUAAGCUCAUCUAGUAAAUAAAUUUAUUGACAACAGAGGUUAGGAGAGAAUUUACUAAAUCCUAAAGAAGAAUAAAAACGAUCUAUAAAUUAUGUAUUAUACAUUAUUGGUUUUAUGGCUUUUAUCCUUCUGUGAAAAAUCUAUUGAAAGUUUCCUUUAACCUAAUCUAAGAUUUAUUUCUUCAAUGGUCGAAACUAUUUAAAAACUAUCUAGAGAAAAGCUAAUCCGUGUUGCAUUCUAAUGCUUAAAAAAUUUAGCUGAGAAAUCUUAAUAAUGCAUUGAAGUAAUGGUAGACUGUGAUUUAUUGAAAUUAUGCGAAACUUUACUCAAAGGAAAUAUAAAAGAUAAAGAAGUCAUUGAUGAUGUUACCUUUUUGGGAGAAAUUCUUGAGAAAAACAUUAAAAUUUUAACUUCAUUUGAGAAGUAUGUCAAAGAAAUUAAUCUUUAAUAACUUGAAUGGAGUCCUGUUCACACCGAAAAGUUCUGGAAAGAAAAUGUCAAGAAAUUUGAGGAUAAUGAUUAUAAUUUAAUUAGUAAGUUAUGUGAUUUGUUAGAUAGUGAUAUUCCUAAAAAUGUCGCUAUUGCUUGCUAUGACAUUGGUGAAUUUUGCCGUUUCCAUCCUUUUGGUAGAAACGUAAUAGAAAGAUUAAAUAAAAAAAAUAUCAUCAUGCAAAAAGCCAGAGAUUAAAAAGUGGAUCCCUCAAUAAGAGAAAAUGCUCUGUUAGCCUUAUAGAAAAUCAUGUUGCACAACUGGUCAGCUAUAAAUAAAUGA